GUCAGCAGAAACCCAAACUUUGUCUGCUUCAGCAGCUUCAGUCAAUGUCAGGAUGAAAAGAGGAAUGUCUUUCACAUGAUUAGCUUCCCCAGCUAGCCAGUAGGUGGGUGUGUUGAACAGAAGAAAGCAAUAGGACGGAGCCUGUCAGCCUGCCUCCCCAGCUAAUUAGCUCAGCCUCCAACAAAGAUAAGCGAGCCGGGGGAGGAGGACCCCCUGAAGGGUCUUUUGAAUCUGGGCAAUGUCUGAUUGGCAGAUGCUGAAAGGGAUUCUUUGGUAAUCCAGUCCAUCAAUGAACUGCAUAAAUUCAGGACAGGACUGGACGAAUUCAGGCAUGUGGACACUUUGUGGGUGCAGUCUGGAAAAAGGCAGACCAAGAUGGACAGGACCUUGGAAUCUCUACAACAUAUAAUUUCCCAAGUCCUGCCUCACAGAGAUCCUACGCUUGCAUUUAAAGACUUGAACGUUGUGGCAAUGCUUCAGGAAUUCUGGGAGAGCAAACAGAAGCAGAAAGGUGUGUUUUCAAGUGAAGGCACUGUGGUAUAUGAGUCGCUCAACUCGCCUGGGCCUCCGUUUGUAAGCUAUGUCACCCUGCCUGGAGGAAGCUGCUUUGGUAACUUUCAGUGCUGCCUGAGCAGGGCAGAAGCCAGACGAGAUGCAGCCAAAGUGGCAUUGAUCAAUUCUCUCUUCAAUGAGUUGCCUUGUCGCAGGAUCACAAAGGAAUUUAUUAUGGAGAGCGUUCAGGAAGCCGUCUCUUCAACCAGCGGUACUUUAAAUGAUGCAGAUGACCCAAGUACUAGUAUUGGAGCCUACCAUUAUAUGCUACAAUCAAACGUGGGGAAAACAAUGCUGGAAUUUCAGGAACUGAUGAUAGUCUUUCAGCUGCUGCAUUGGAAUGGAAGCCUCAAAGCUCUACGCGAAACGAAGUGUUCUCGGCAAGAGGUGAUUUCCUACUAUUCCCAGUACAACUUAGAUGAAAGGAUGAGAAGUCACAUGGCUCUGGACUGGCUUAUGAAGGAGCAAGAAACUCCAGGCAUUAUUUCACAAGAGCUACAAGUGGCACUUAGAGAGCUGGAAGAAACUAGGAAAGCUGGACAAGAACUACGGUUUUACAAAGAAAAAAAAGAGAUACUGGGUUUAGCAUUGAGUCAGCUGUACAGCGAUCCUGCUGCCACCUCUUUGAACGACGAUCGUAUGAGUCUAGCCCUAAGUGGCUAUCACUAGGGCAAGUUUGCUUGACCGGGCUGUCAUGUGUUAAACUUUGAUUGUUCAGAUCAACAUGAAGUAACUGUUUACUUUAAACAUAUUGUGUAACAUACAAAGCAGGAAGGCUCAAAUUUCCCCCAUGUGUUCCAGGGGCAUGUGGAGCGCUCGCAUCUCAUCUGCAAGGUUCACAGGAAGCGUGGAGAGGAAGCAUGGCCCACUCAUGCCUCCCCUUUCACUGCAUGGGAAAUCUUCAGCUGCCCUUACACAAUGUGAAAUUCUGUGUGACCAAAAUAUUUUAAAAUAUUUUUAUAUAUAUAAAAAUAUAGCUUAGGUUGACAACUUCUUUAAAAACAGCAACAAUCAUGUAACAGCUAAGGCGUUGUCUUUUAUAUAAUCAAAAUAAGGUUGACAGAAUGGUUUACUACAUCAGUUGAAUUCAUUCAUUCAUUCAUGUCAGAGGUGUAUAAGAAGAAGGAGUGAUGUAUACCUGCAAUAAGCAAACAUUGCCAGUUUAUAGUUUUCUUCAUUAUUCGUAGUAGUGACUAAAGAGGCAGCCAUAUGCUUUUAGGCAAAAGGUAGUGAAAUCAUUGAAAGGAAAACAGAAUA